CAUGGUCAAUACAUUUUGUCAUCGCUGAUAAGAUAAGUGACGAUGAAAUUUAACAUUCUUCAUUACUGAACGAUCAGGUGGGAAUAAAAAUGAGUCAUUACUCAUUAUUACGAAUCACUGCACGAAGCCAACAAAAUGGAUGUGGAGGAGAAGAACAAACAAUUAGACAUUGUUCGGGAGAUUUUCCUUGGGUUAAAUCGCCAAUAUCUCAGUCGAGGAGUAAAAUUAGAGACUUUGAAGUCCUCAGUUCAAUGCAGGGACUUGGUGAAUGCCAGAAAAUUUUUAAAUCUUCCCUUGAGCUUCCGGACGUUUGCUGCAGUAAUUUUUAUUUCCCUGAUUUGUGGAGGGAUUAUUCAUGGGCGUGAUCAUCUAGUUAAUUAUGUUUAUAACUCGAGAUGUUAUGUUCCGAAUAAUUACUUAGUCUGGGAGUUUACGAGACCAGUGUCAGAUUGUGAUUUCUGUCGUGGGAUCGAUUCUGCUUUAAUCAUUGAAAAUGUUACCAAAGAGGUUUUUGAAAAAUUUGCGUACAGCUCUAGACCAAUUGUCGUGAAGAAAGCCAUUGGGAAUUGGAGAGCUGGGAAGGUCUUUAGUCUGGAUUUUUUUCGUGAUUUGUAUGAGAGAAUUGAAGGAAGUUACGAGUCAGUGGAGGAAGAGUGCCAAUUUCUUCAUUUCAAGAGUAAUUUCUCGAGUCUUAAGGAGGUGUUUGAGAUGAGCCAAGGCAGGAGGGAAAAUAAAGAAGGUGGCAGCUGGUAUGUCGGUUGGAAAAACUGUCAUCCUGAGGUACUGCAGGAAAUGAGAAAGUAUUAUGAACCACCGGAUUUCCUUCCGGAUGAUGCUGAAGUGCCCCACACCAAUUAUGUCUUCUUGGGGUACGACGAGGGCGCAAUAAUGCAUUUGGAUUAUAUUCCACGAUUGAUGUGGCAGGGACAAAUAUUAGGAGACAAAACGUGGACUGUGGCACCGACUCCGGAGUGCGAUAACGUCUGCAAUAAAUUUAAUUUCUCAGUGAAUAGUGGAGACGUCAUUUUACUGGAUACAAGAGUCUGGUAUCAUGGGACGUACGUCAAAAAAGGACAAUUCAGCCUCACUGUGACAUCUGAAUACGGAUAAUUGCACAUAUGAUAUUAAUUAUAAAAUAUAGAUAUUUUUUAUAAUUUUACAAAUGUUAACAUGGAUAAUGUUUUAAUAAUGAAAUAAAUUGUGCCAUGCUAUCGUGUUUAUUUAUGCAAAUUUACAUCAUAUUUUGCACGAAAAUAAUGUGAGAAAUAAUAUUUUAAUAAUCACAAUUUUAUGUAUCGAAAAUCCGUGGAAUUUAUCCAUUCUUGUCCACUCCAUCUCUUUGGCGGUAAUUAUUUCAUGGGUGAAGAAAGAAAGACGAUAAAAAGAAACUGAAAAAUACAGUUGAAUGCAUGGUCAAACGGAAUGCAACAUAACUCAUUGCCUCAACAGCCUUUUCUCCAAAAAUGUAUAAAGUACGAAAGAACCCAAGAAGGAUAAUUAA